UACGGUACAAUCGAGUUUCCUCAGUAUUGCCUUUGAAAAUGGAUUUCAUAUUCCUCAUAGCAACAGCAGCAGGAGCUAUAACCAUUCUUGCUGCUACUGCUGUUGCAGCACUGAUGGUAGUAAAAAGUCUAAGUGCUUUUAAGGACUGGACAACUAAGGAUGCUGCUGCUAAAAAAGUUGGUAAAAAAGUCUCUUUCAAGAUAGAAACAAAUAAACAGGAAGCAAACGAAGAAUUGGGUGAGGAGGAAGAGGAAACACACAAAGAAUUGGGUGAGAAGGAACAAGAAACACACGAGGAACUGGGCGAGAAGGAACAGGAAACACAGGAGGAGUUGAGCAAGAAGGAAGAGGAAACAUACGAAGAAUUGGGCGAGAAGGAACAGGAAACUCGUGAAGAACUGAACGGGAAGGAACCGGACAGCCAAACUUCGUAA